GGAAACUUUGGUUGUGUCAAACGUGGCUUCUUGACUCUGCCAGAACAGAAAGGUGAUAUCUUGGUAGCUGUGAAAACAUUACAUGGUAAGUUGUGUGUUGUAUUCUGACAUUUGUGAAAACAUUACAUGGUAAGUUGUGUACUGUAUUCUGGUUUUUGCGAAAACAUUACUUGGCAUGUGCUCGGUGGCUGAGAGAUCUAAACUGAGUCAAUCCAAGGCUAGUUGACUGGAGUUCAAUCUCCAGAAAAUGCCAUCUAAGAGAAGGCACACUCUGAAAUCAAACUAAGUCUUGCCAUUAGAUCAAAUAGGCAAGGGCGGGGUGGGGGGGUCACUCUAAUGCUUUUCUUGUUUUAAUUUUAAUCAGUGCUUAAUCUCAGAUCAGGUUUUAAUUUACCACAGAUUAUAUAACAUUCAUGUCAUCUCUGUCUUUGUGACAGAUAACAAUCCCAUUAACUCUAACAAUUGUUUCAUCCUGUCUUUGUGACAGAUAACAAUCCCAUUAACUCUAACAAUUGUUUCAUCCUGUCUUUGUGACAGAUAACAAUCCCAUUAACUCUAACAAUUGUUUCAUCCUGUCUUUGUGACAGAUAACAAUCCCAUUAACUCUAACAAUUGUUUCAUCCUGUCUUUGUGACAGAUAACAAUCCCAUUAACUAUAACAAUUGUUUCAUCCUGUCGUUGUGACAGAUAACAAUCCCAUUAACUAUAACAAUUGUUUCAUCCUGACUUUGUGACAGAUAACAAUCCCAGUGACUAUAACAAUUGUUUCAUCCUGUCUUUGUGACAGAUAACAAUCCCAGUUACUAUAACAAUUGUUUCAUCCUAUCUUGUUGACAGAUAACAAUCCCCGUGACAUAGAGCUGCAGGGGUUCCUACAGGAGGCCCUGAGGAUGAAAGACUUCAACCACCCCAACGUCUUGGCUCUGAUUGGCGUGUGCCUGGACCUGGAUGCCAUGCCACUGGUUGUCCUGCCUUUCAUGAAACACGGUGACCUACUUACUUAUAUACGAGAUGAAAAAAAUGUAAGAAGCAACAUAAUCAUCUUACUUCCUAAAUCUCCUUUGGAAAUGAUACCUUAUCCUAUUAUACCAAUAACAACAGUAUAACAACUAAUUUGUAUAUCACAUGUCUAAAAUAUCAAUAUUUGAAGGAUUUUUAUUUAAUAAUUUUAACUUAAAAGAGAAAUAUUGAUUUUAUUUUUUGUAUUUUUAACUCCCUCUUAGUGCCUGAAUGUGAUUGAUUAUACAACAAAACUUAAUUUCAAUAAUUAACAGGCUUCCAUACUUGAAAAGUGGAUUUCUUUCAAGUUCUCUCUGUCAGCCAUUUUUAAAGUGAAACUUUCCUUACACUUUCCCUUCCCCAACAUAUUCUUUCUAUCCUAGGUAGUCUUUCUUCCCCUAAGUGUCCCCUUCUCCUACAUGUCCCCCUUCCUUUAUAUGCCCCCCUUCCCCUACAUGUCCCCCUUCCCCUAAAUGUCCCCCUUACCCUACUUGUCCCCCAUACCCUAAAAGUCCCCCUUACCCUACAUGCCCCCCUUACCAUAAAUGUCCCCCUUACCCUACAUCUCCCCCUUACCCUAAAUGUCCCCCUUCCUUUACAUGUUCCCAUUCUUCAACAGGCUCCCCUCCCUAAUGUUUUAUCAGUGACUCGUUUCAUAUGAGCCAAGCUUCUUUAAGUUUCUUGCAACACAUGAGCCACAAGGAUCCAGCAGGACUUAAUUAAAAUAGAAAAACUUGUAGAUGAUCUCUCAGAGUUGUGACUGUUUUCUUUGCUCUAUGCUCUAUGCUUAACUGCAUGUACCUGACGACGCAUGAGAUUUUUGACUGGCUUUUGAUUUCAGCUGCCCACCAUUAAGGAUUUAAUUAUGUUUGGCAUCGACAUUGCCAAAGGCAUGGACUACCUGUCCAGUCUCAAGUUUGUACAUCGAGAUCUUGCUGCUAGAAACUGCAUGUAAGUUUGAUUUUACGCUAGCCUGUAAGGGAGGGAAGAAGUCUACGUGCUAUUCACAGUGAAAAUAUAUCUAUACAAGUUUAAAUGUGGAAAUGAAGAAAUGUUGAAUUCCGUCACAGGAAUAAAAUGACAAACAGAUUUAAUUUAAAUUGUCUAAGCAAAUAUGAAUCAAAAGGAAUGAUGCCAUAUUAUCACAGAGCAGUUGAUCCUAAGAAUACAUAUUGCCUAACAGUAACACAAAGAGAAUGAUUAACUUUAAUGUUAACAUUAUUCACUGUUAGUUUAACAUAAUCAACUCAUCAUGUUAACAUUAUUAACCAAAUUAAAUUUAGUUAUUAACCUUGACUUAUUGUAUUUUAACCAUAGAAUAACCAUAAUUUUUUUAAUUUUUCACUUCCUUACAAGUAAGGAAUAGACCAAGAAGUUAGGGUUAGACUGGCAAGAAAGUAAUAGACCAACAAGUUAGAUUCAGACUGACAAGUGAGGGUUAGAUAUAAAUGUUAUUAUUUUCAACAUUGUUUAAUAUAUUUACUUACUAAUUUUUUGGCACAAUGUUCAGACUUUGUAAUAUCCAAUUUUUUGGCACAAUGUUCAGACUUUGUAAUAUCCCCGCAUUAAAUGAUCAGUAAACACACCACAAAGCAGUAGAAAAAUGAAGACUUGAAAGAUGUUUUUUUUAAAAAUAUUUUAUUACAAGAAGAUAUGACCUGGUUUUACCGGGCUAAAAAUAGAGUGCAUUUGUGCCGCUUGCUACUUCCCAUUGCAAAGACAAAAAAAAAGCAAUGAAAAUUGUCUCCACACAUGAGCUGUAUAUUCAGGAAAUAGUAAAUCAGACUUUCCCUUUCUUUAAAAGAACUAUCUAUGUACAUAUGCUUACAUUUCUAACAUCAAAGAACUAUCUAUGUACAUAUGCUUACAUUUCUAACAUCAAAGAACUAUCUAUGUACAUAUGCUUACAUUUCUAACAUCAAAGAACUAUCUAUGUACAUAUGCUUACAUUUCUAACAUCAUUGGGUUUUGAGAAAUAUUUAUCCUGAUAUAGGCACACCCAAAAACUUUUUAUAAUAAUGUUUACAUAUUAAAGAUUAUAUAUUAAAAUCAGAUUUAUUUUAUCAUAUUUAAAUUGAUUCGAUUUCCAUAAAAUAGUCGAAAAUCACUAUCAUUGUCUUUACGAAUCUGAGCCUAACACAUCUGCAUUGGCUCCUUCUUUUACAGAGAUAUAGAUCUGAGCCUAACACAUCUGCAUUGGCUCCUUCUUUUACAGAGAUAUAGAUCUGAGCCUAACACAUCUGCAUUGGCUCCUUCCUUUACAGAGAUAUAGAUCUGAGCCUAACACAUCUGCAUUGGCUCCUUCUUUUACAGAGAUAUAGAUCUGAGCCUAACACAUCUGCAUUGGCUCCUUCUUUUACAGAGAUAUAGAUAGAUAUAGAUGUAAAUAUGUAUAGAAAUUUUCAGACAUAAUGUUUUAAAAGGGACAAAAAAUGUGAAUGAAUUAGCUCCAUUGAUUUUACUAAUUGAACUAAUUUUAGAAAUAAUUGAAAAUGCCCUCAUUAAGCACUGAUUUCAACAAUAUUUUCUUGUUCACUUUGAGAGUGCAUUUAUAGUGUUGAAAGAUUUUAAUUGAGAGAUAUGUGCUGGGGCCUAUACUCUUGGUGGGAUGUGCUGUGGCCUAUACUCUUGGUGGGAUGUGCUGUGGCCUAUACUCUAGGUGGGAUGUGCUGUGGCCUAUACUCUUGGUGGGAUGUGCUGUGGCCUAUACACUUGGUGGGAUGGGCUGUGGCCUAUACUCUUGGUGGGAUGGGCUGUGGCCUAUACUCUUGGUGGGAUGUGCUGUGGCCUAUACUCUUGGUGGGAUGUGCUGUGGCCUAUACUCUUGGUGGGAUGUGCUGUGGCCUAUACUCUUGGUGGAAUGUGCUGUGGCCUAUACUCUUGGUGGGAUGGGCUGUGGCCUAUACUCUUGGUGGGAUGUGCUGUGGCCUAUACUCUUAGGGGUUUUCCCCCAUUUUCUUCCUUUCAUUCAAAACUUGUGUGCUUUUGUUGCCCAUCCAUGUAGGUAGAUGAUACAAGAUUUUAAAUAUUUAUAGCAAAAGUUGACAAAUAUAUUUGAAUAUGGAUGCUAAUAACCACAACACAUAAUGAAUAUGGAUACUAAUAGCCACAACACAUAGGAUUUUGUUGGACUUGAAAGGAGAUAGUUGGUUUUAACUCCCAGUAAGUUAUGCCCAUAGCUUGGAUCUGGCCGCUGAGUUGUUGAAAUGGUUUUGACUUGCUCACUCUGUUACUUAGUUGACCAGUGUUUGAUGAUCAGGGAAUUACAAUCUAAAUAUUUUUUUUAUUUAACAUUUUUGUCUGCUUAUCACCUAGCCGCUGCAACUCAUAAGGAAGUUUAGUAACAGCUUUUUGCACUACAUGAUCUCUGCCCCCUCCAGCGGUUUCCUAAGGUCCUGCUUAUCUUGCUUAUGUAACUUCAAAACCUCAUGUCUCUACUUUGAUAUCACUCAAUUCACUUCAUGUGUUGGAUUGGGGGAUGGAGCUGGUCUCAUAGAGCGCCACUUCACUUCAUGGGUGCUGGGUUUGUGGGUAGCGUCACUUCACUUCAUGGGUGCUGGGUUUGUGGGUAGCGCCACUUCACUUCAUGGGUGCUGGGUUUGUGGGUAGAGCCACUUCACUGCAAAUAUAUUUGCUUUGACCAGUUUUCAAACGUCCACUUGACUCAAUAUUUUUCUUUUGAUCCAAAGACUUAUUUAUUAAAAAAUGUAGGCAGCAGAUUGAAAACUAUUUUAAUCUUAAGGUACCAGUUUUUAACAUUAACUAAAUGUCUCUGUCCCAGGUCCCAGUUUUUAACAUUAAUUAAAUCUCUUGUGUGCCAGGUCCCAGUUUUUAACAUUAACUAAAUCUCUUGUGUGCCAGGUUGGAUGAAGAAUUUCACGUGCGUGUGGCAGAUUUUGGUCUGGCGCGUGACAUUUAUGAAAAAGAAUACUACAGCUCAGCCAACAAGAAGGCAAAACUGCCGGUCAAGUGGAUGGCCAUAGAGAGUCUGGAGAAGGGGACCUACAGUGUCAAAUCGGACGUGGUAAGUAUGUGGAGUCGUGGUUAUUAAAUGAUGUUGUGUCAUUGCUAUAAGGCUCUCUAUCAUCUGUUCAUCAGUUAAGAAUUUUUUUUCUGAUUUGCUUACCAUCCCAGCAACUAUUUUUGUCUAUUGUAUCUACUAAAUAUUGAAAUCGGAAGUAAAAAUUGCUUAAAGUCAUUUCUCGGUGAACCUCUUAGAGUCAUGAUCUCUUUGAACCUAUUUAUUUGUUCUCCCAGUGGUCCUAUGGUGUUGUCCUCUGGGAGCUGAUGACGAGAGGACUCAUGCCAUAUCCAGAAGUAGACAACUGGGACAUCAUCAGAUACCUGAAAGCUGGACGGCGCAUGCCACACCCAAACUACUGCCCCGAUCUGCUGUAAGUCUCUUUAGAUGUGUCAUCUGACAAAUUUAUCAAGUUCUUUAAAAAGUUGUAAAAGAAGUUUAUUACUAUUUAAUAAAUACUAAAAUUAAAAGAUUUAUAUAAAGACACACACAUCUGGUGGACAGGUAAUCUAAUUUUCCACAAGCAUUUCUUUAGUUGUUUCCACAAGCAUUUCUUCAGUUUUAAACCGAUUAAGUCUAGAAUCAAGGAGAACUGUAUUCAGGUAUCCCCCAUUUUAAUAUGUAGAAAUUCUAAGGAGGGGGCUCAGCUCUCUUCUUCCAAAACCCCACCCCCACUUUCACUCAGUGACCUCAGGAUGAGGCCACAACUUCUUCCCCCACCACCCCCCUUCAUCUAUCAAAGUGGCAAUGACAAGCACCUUUUUAUGUGCAAAAUGAAGCACUUUAUAAAUGGACAUCAGGCAUGUCCUUUAGGAAGUGACUUUUAAGACAUCCAAUGCCAAUAGUUAUUGUCAGGCAUGUCCUUUAGGAAGUGACUUUUAAGACAUCCAAUGCCAAUAGUUAUUGUAUACAUUAUACUGUAUGCUUAUUUAUUUACUAUUAAAAGUCAGUAUUGUAAGAUUUUGUAAUGGUUAAGACACUUCUGAAGCGAUAUUGUACUAUUUUGGGAGUUCUGAGGUAACCAGGUCUGUGAAUAGUAUUAAAGCUUCCUUAUGGUUUAGAAUUCCUUUUGCAUGAAAUCGAAAUGUCCUGGCGGUGUUUUAUCUAAUGUCCCACGUGUUUCCCCAGCUACGACAUCAUGCUGCACUGCUGGCAAGAGGACCCGGCUCAGAGGCCAACGUUUGCUGAACUUGUGGACGACAUCGCAGACAUGGUGGCCCAGAUAGAGCACAAGACGGGCGUCAUGAGGCGCAACAUUCAGUCCACCUACGUCAAUGUCACGGAGUGCAACCACUACCACUACCGAGACGAUGUGCAAGGUGCCGGCGGCGGGUCCACAUCCAAGCAGCCAGGGGGUGGGGGCUCCACAUCCAAGCAGCCAAGGGAGUUCUCAGAUCGGAGAAAAAAAGUACAGGAUGAUAAUGACGAUGAAGUGUUUGAUGAUCGGGUGACAGAGACGACUGCAUUAAAAGUAUAACGUUUUUGAUCAACCUAUAUGUUAUAACUUUCCAAAAAAUAUUAUUAUAUGUUACUAGAAUGAUAAGAUGAGAUUUUAUGACACGAAUGUACUUAUUUGAUG